AUGGACCGAUGGGUGUUGGGGUCUGAGCUCUGGAGUUGGAUGACGAAUGAUGACGUUGGCAAGGUCGCCUUCACGCCUUCAAGCUUUGAAGCGGGGAGCUUGUGGGCCUGGCGAGUCACUGGUGCAGCUAUGUGCAGCUUCGCGGGUGUUUGUCGCUUUCCGUUCAUGCAGUUCGUGCCUUGGCAGCUUCAAGCGGAGGAUGCAAACAGCUUGGAGGAUGCCGAGGAGGACGCCGUGCUGAAGGAGGGCCCGCUUGAUGCGGAGCAAUUCUGCCGGGCGUUGGUGCCACCGGUGCAGUGUCCCGAGGACUGUGCCAACGUCACUCGCAUCUACUCCGCAUGUCCGGGGACGCGAGCGGACGGCGGAGACUUGGGCGAGGUCGAGAGUGGCCAGAUGCACAGCGCGAUCGAGGGGGCGCUCUUCGACUCCGAGCUGGAGCUCGGAUGUCCCUUGUGGCCGGUUCAAACUGACGCUGGCUUCCACCUCCUCAUGGCGAGGCCGGUGAGCUUCUGCCUUGCAGAAGAGGCGCAAGAUCGGAAAGGAGGGGAGCACAAAAGUCGCCCUAGCAGCGGCAGUGCCUCCAGCAACGACAGCAAAGACAGCAACGACAACAUCGCUGCCGCCAACAGCGAAUCCAGCACCUGCCUGCCCGACGACCACAUCGUUCAGCUGCAGACAGAGCUCGGCAGGCGCGCUGCCAAGCUGGGAGAGUUGGAGACGGAGGUGGCAGAGCUGCGAUCUGCGAAUGACCUCCUGCGCAGGGAGUGUCAGCUCAGCGACUGCAAGGUCGACCAGCUGCUGUCGGAGAACGACCUCCUACGCAGGGAGUGCCACGACAGCAACUGCAAGCUACAGGUCGACAUGUCUUUGAGAAAGUGGCAAUGUCGCACGUUGCAGAUUUCAAACAAGAGGCUGCGGGAGGAGUGCCAAGACACGAAGCAGCACCUCAAAGAGGCGGUAGACCUCAACGCCGCCCUUCAGAGCAAGCUUCAGUUGGCCGAGACGAGGUUGAAAGAGAAGUUGUGCCCAGCGUCAGCCGCACCUUUUUGCGUGGACGCGGCGCCCACUCUGUUGAGUGACGCGCCUGAAGUGGAUGGCAUCUUGGCGUGCCACCUGACACCCCGGCAGCCCACCAGUCCUCGGGCCUUCCUCAACAGGGCCGAACUGGUGGACUGGUACGUGGAGACCGCGUCCAAGAAGGCAUGGCGUGCGGGACUGCCUGGGCAUACGGCCGCGUGCGUUGAAUGA